GACAUUUCCAAUCAAAUCUUGAUUUGUGGUAAGCAAAAUUAUGAUUAAAACAAAAAAGAUCUUAAAUUGCGUGAAAAAACAUUGACGUAAUACAAUAAACAAACCUCCACCACAUCUCUCACAAGAUUCCAAAAACAUAGAAAAAGUCGAAAAACCUUUCUUGUCUUUGUCUUAUUGAUUCAAGAAUCCCAACAAAACAGCAAAAAGAUGUAACCCCAAAUUCCUCAAAGGGCCACUUGAAGUUUCUAAACCACCAGAUUGCAAUAAAAUCUUGAGAAAACUUGAGGUGAAUAGUAGGAUAAGCCACAGAUGUUGUGACCAUCAAGAUUUAAAAAGAGAGAUUUUCUGGGUCAGAAACUUUUAAGAUAACAAGUUUCUGAACUGAAUUAUGGUUGAAGGUUGUCUUAUGGCUUCUCAUGGUUAUCCUCCUUGGAGUUUUUCACCUCCUGAAUUGACUAUAGGAAGGGGUUCUAAGGAUAGCGUUCCUUUUUCUCCUAUUCCUGGAGUGAAUCAAGAUAUGGCGAUGUCAAGUUGUGCUAGCCUAAGGUUGAAUCAGAGACUGGAUUUAUGGAAACCAAUGAGUCGGUUAUUGGCAGGCAGUCCCUUUGUCAGGAUCCUAUCAACCAUUGGGGGACCAAUACUCGUAGAUGUGCGAGACAAUCACUUCAACUCAGUGCUCUUUAGCUUUGGGAUUGCUGAACAAUGCACAAAGCAGGAGAAGAUUCUGAAGUACCUUAGGUCUGGAUCAACCGAUGUAGAAAGCGGUGGAAAAGAUAUGUCUAUACUCUUUGAUCUCAUGGGGCCACUGGCACAUGCAAUAGACAUGCAUCAACGAGAAUUUGCUUCUUAUCUCGAACAACAGUUUCAUGAUGCAAAGUCCCAGCCAUCUCUUGUUUAUCCAAGUGCUGCACUCCACCUAUGGGAACCUUCUUCAAAUUUGAUAGGACUAAAUUCAGGAAAAAUGAUCCAUUUUGAUGACCGUCUAUUAGUUAAUGGAGCCAGUGCUAGGGUUGAGAUGAAGGACAUACUUUCAAUUAUCUCUGAGUUCUACUUCUCAAGGAACUCAAUGAAAAGCACAAAGCACGCAAUGCUGGUUCCAUACUUUGACAGGAAAACAUGCAAGACAAAAUCUAAAGUUGAAAAUUCUGCUCAGAAACUCGACGUGAAUGCAGCAUCUCUAAGGAGUCCUCAGAAAACUAAGUAUCAGACAUCACCGCAAAGAAAGAACAACAAGAAAGCAGUUAAAGAGAGAGAGAUCUAUAGGAACAAUUACCUCCAUGCAUGUGAAAGCCUUCUUUCCAUAAUAGUUGACAAGAAACGGCAUGGUAAAACUGCAAUACUUUCAUUGAAGAAAUCAGGUCCCCAACUACCAAACUUUCUGACCAAGUUCUCUGCUAGCAUUGCUGGAACCGGCAUAGCUGUCCUUUUCUCUGUUGUCUGCAAACUAGCUUGCGGAAGAAUUGUCUUCUCUGCACCACGUCUGUUGAACACUGGUUUAGGCCUUGGACUUAUAUGGCUCUCUUGGGCUGUCAAUAAUUUGAGGGACACAGUUGUCGUGAUCAACAGAAGUCCAGGCAAGUUGGAUACGAUAGAGGAUGAUAUGAUGAAUAAUUUGGACAAAAAUGUGAAGGAAAUCUACUUCAGAGCAGCAACUUUGCUGGCAGUCGUAGUGCUGAGGCUUGCUUGAUUUCAAGAACACAAGAUUUAGAGACUGUAAAAACAUGUGCAGCUUGGGCGACAUAUCAAUAGCUUGUUUUGGAACAUCCAACUGUAAUAUAAUAUACCUGAGCGGAAAGAAAUGGAUUUUAACAGCACGAAACAUACGUAGUGAGUAACAAAGCUCAAGCCUUUUUCUGCUCGUCCAGCUUGUGUUGUAACGGAUAGUCCUGUAAAAUGAUUUGAAUAAAGCUAGUGCGAGAGUUUUGAGCUA